CACCGAGACCAGGUGCGCCUACAUCUAUCAAUUACUACUACUCACAACUUCGUGAAGCAUUAUGUAUGAUAACGACCCUAAUUAUGGCGAACACUGACUCGUAUAACUGGUUCUAUCCAGCAUUCUGCCUCGUCGUUGGUCUCGCGAUCUUGUACCUGGUUCACAUAAAUCAGCUGUUGAAGGAUACUCCGGAGGAGAUUCGGAAGCUGGCGGGAUCAAGAUGGACGGAAGAACAAUUGAAGAGCACAUAUGAGAGGCUCGAAAAAGACCCUAUUGAUUACGUGGAACAACUUCCACCGAGGUUAGAUCGUCGGUAUAUCGUGACUGGCGGAAAUGGGCUCGUCGGCGGGUUUAUCGUGCUGCAAUUGCUCGCUCGGGGUCAAUCGCCAAAGAGCAUCCGGAUACUCGACAUCAGGAAAGCAGAGAGGAACGACAUGCUGUCAGGUCCUGCGACAGAAGUUGAUUUUGUCUACGCCGAUAUUACAUCGCGACCAUCACUCAGCGCCGCUUUCAGGAAAGAGUGGCAUUCGUCAGUAGCUCAUCUACCACUGACGGUCUUCCAUACCGCCGCUGUCAUCAUUCCCUCUGACAGGUCAAAAUAUUUCUAUCGCUUCCCAGAGGCAAUCAAUGUCCACGGGACACAGAACGUCUUGAACGCUGCCAAGGAGGCCGGGGCCGAUAUCUUCAGCUCCACUUCAUCGGGCUCGAUAGCUAUACGGCCAAUAGGGCCCUGGGUGGCACCAUGGGCGCAGUCACCUAGGCGGUUCUGGCAGAUUUUAGACGAAAAAGACUUUCUUCAGCCGCUGCGACGGCACGAGGAUUUCUUCGGCAACUAUCCCGCUUCUAAAGCGGCAGCAGAACGAAUCGUAUGCGACGCGAAUACGGGUGGAUUCCAGACCGGUUGCAUUCGCCCGGUCAAUGGUGUUUAUGGAAACCCAACAGACAACACUGUCGGAGAACCUCUUGCUAGGGCUGUCUUACCAACAUGGGUGUCGCAUAUCGUCCAAAGCUUCGUCCAUGGCGCUAACGUAGCCAUUGCCCACUUACACCACGAAGCAGCGUUAACGAAAAGAAACGCGCCUCAGGCUGGCAGACCGUUUUGUGUGACGGAUCCGAACCCGCCAAUUACAUACAGUGACUUAUAUAUGACGAUCAAGGCUUUAUCAGUUCAUCCUUUUCUCGAUGUACACAUCCCCCCUGUCAUUAUGCUACUCCUCUCACACAUUCUGGAGUGGUAUUCUCUUCUGCCGUUCAGGGUACCAUUCCUGAGGAAGAUUUUGCCCGUACUCAAGGGAGACAUCCGAUAUCUUAAGCCAGGAUUGUUUUCUAUAUGCACUCACUUGGUAGGCUCAAACGCCGAGGCAUCCAGGUCAGUGGAAGAUGGCGGGCUAGGCUACAAGGGAGUAAUAACAACACUAGAGGGAAUGGCGCUCGAAGUCCUCGAAUGGAACCGGGAGCAUGCAGACAUAGAUGGCCGCUUAGAGAGGAAAGUCUACACCACGUCUGUUUCUGCGGCCGAGAAGAUCCAACAACUAGGAAUAGGUGGUCUUGGCAGCACAGAUCGAGGCGGAAUUAUGCUUUACAACCGUUCACACUAGAUUCCCAGCAUCUCGGAAAAGCAACAAAGGUUGCCUGGCCUGCUGACAGCGGGGAUCGAUUCAUAAGGUUCAUCUCUUUCGAAUCCAAGCACUAAGCAUAUAGUAAAUACUGAAGGCUGGUAAAGAAAUGGUUUCUUUUUUUCCUGAUUACACGUCAAUUACGUCAAUGAAAAGCCCCCGGCUGUCAAACCAGAACAAAGUUCAAGUCAAAGUAUUCUCCUCUCCAGGUUGC